GAUAUACCUUCAGUUUUAUUUUUUCCAAAUACAAAUCAAAUCAAAUCAUUGGAUCCAUUGAAUUGGUUUGAUUUUUUGGUUUUUCCAUGUUUCAAAUUUUCGUUUCUUGUUGUACUCCUACCAAAAACUCCAUAAAUAUACUCCAAAUAAAAAAAUCAAGAUCAAAAUCAGUUUGCUCAUCAGUCAUCACCUUCUUCACACAGAAAUUCAGAAACCAAUCCAUCAGAAAACAAAAAAACACAUGGCGGAGGAGAACAGCACAAACACAUCAAGAUACGGAAGUUCGAUUCUGGUACCUAGCGUUCAAGAGUUAGCCAAACAGCCGAUCACCGAAAUUCCACCUCGAUACAUCCGCCCCGAUCUCCUCCACCACGUCCCGAUCGCCUCCGCCGCUUCCGAAAUCCCCGUCAUCGAUAUGUCGAACUUCCACUCCGAUGCUACAAUCGACUCCGAAUUGGCUCGGCUUCAUUCCGCCUGCAAAAACUGGGGAUUCUUUCAGUUGGUUAACCAUGGGGUGAGCGAUUCAUUGAUCGAGAAAAUGAAAAUCGAAACAAAGAAAUUGUUCGAUCUGCCGAUUGAGGAGAAGAAAAAGCUAUGGCAGAGAGAAGGAGAUGUAGAAGGAUUCGGACAAGCUUUUGUUGUAAGUGAAGAACAGAAACUGGAUUGGUCUGACCUUUUCUUCAUUGCUACAUCGCCUUCACAUCUCAGGAAACAGCGCUUAUUUCAGAAUCUCCCUCUCACUUUCCGAAAGACAUUGGAGGAUUACUCGGCGGAGGUGAAGGAUCUGGCGGCGGCGAUUUUUGAGGGAGUCGAGAAAGUGUUGGGAAUUAAAAAGGGAGAGUUGAAGGAAAUGUUCAAGGACGGUAAUCAAUCGAUGAGGAUGAACUACUACCCACGGUGCCCGGAGCCGGAGAAGGCGAUCGGACUGACGCCUCAUUCCGACGCGGUGGGGCUCACGAUUCUGCUGCAAAUCAACGAAGUGGAAGGUCUGAAGAUCAAGAAGGACGGGAAUUGGAUUCCCGUUAUGCCCCUCCCAAAUGCGUUCGUCGUCAACGUCGGUGACAUCAUGGAGAUGGUAACAAAUGGGGAAUACAAAAGCAUAGAGCAUUGCGCAACGGUGAACUCAAAGAGUGAAAGGUUAUCCAUAGCAACCUUCAACAAUCCAAGUAUGGAGAAAGAAAUAAGGCCAAUACCAUCCCUCAUCACACCUCAUUCCCCUCCUUUGUUUAAAACUUUGACAUAUCAAGAGUUUGUGAAGGGCCUUUUCACUCAAAAAUUAGACGGAAAAUCUUACCUUGACGCUAUGCGAAUUCACUAUCUUCCUACCUAAAGUCGUUUUUCGAAUGGGAGUUGUAUAAGAUUGAAUAAGAUAUAUUUGCUUGUUUCGAUCUUAA